CCCGCCCGCCUCGCCGGCUUCGGCUGCGCUUCCUACUUCCGGUGACGGGGCUAUAAGAGCCUCCUCCGUCCCCGCCGCCGGCCUGUUUCUGCCCGGGCCGCUGCCGCCGGUCCCGCCAUGAACGUCCUGGCAGGGCUCAGCUUGGAAAAGAUAGCGGCUUUCACCAAAAAUCUGGCGUCAACGCCACAGUUCUUGCUUGCUCGAAAUGUUGCAACCACCAGUGACCCACUGGAAGUGUGUCUCAAUCGGCAAGUGGUGCAGGAGACGGUGCACGUGUUCCAGCAUACCGUGCCUGUAGAAGGCAAGCCAGUCACUAACCAGAAAAACUCAGGGAGAUGCUGGAUCUUCUCAUGUCUGAAUGUGAUGCGUCUUCCUGUCAUGAAGAAGUUUAACAUUGAAGAGUUUGAGUUUAGCCAAGCAUAUCUAUUCUACUGGGAUAAGAUUGAACGCUGCUACUAUUUUUUAAAUGCCUUUGUGGAAACGGCUCAGAAAAACAAGCCUGUAGAAGACAGGCUGAUGCAGUUCCUGCUUUCCAACCCCACCAAUGAUGGAGGACAGUGGGAUAUGCUGGUUAAUAUUGUUGAAAAACAUGGUGUUAUCCCCAAGAAGAAUUUCCCUGAAUCUUACACCACAGAGGCCUCCAGAAAGAUGAAUGAGAUUUUGAAUCAUAAGAUGAGGGAGUACUGUGUGCGGCUAAGAAACAUGGUAGCAAGUAGGUCAACUAAGGAAGAACUCACUGCUGCAAAGGACACUAUGAUAGAGGAGGUAUUCAGAAUAGUGAGCAGCUGUUUGGGGAACCCUCCUGAGACCUUCUCCUGGGAAUUCCGAGAUAAGGAGAAGAACUACCACAAGAUUGGCCCUGUGACACCACUGCAGUUCUACCAGGAACACAUCAAACCCCUCUUCAACAUGGAAGACAAGAUUUGUCUAGUGAAUGAUCCUCGACCCCAGAACCAGUACAACAAGCUAUACACGGUAGCAUACCUGGGCAACGUGGUGGGAGGAAGAAAAACACUCUACAACAACCAGCCUGUUGAUCUGUUGAAGAAGAUAGCUGCAGCUUCCAUUAAAGAUGGCGAGGCUGUGUGGUUCGGCUGCGAUGUUGGAAAAUACUUCUAUAGCAAGCUGGGCAUCAUGGACCUGAAUGUGUUUGAUCAUGAGCUGGUGUUCGGUGUCUCCGUCAAGAACAUGAACAAAGCAGAACGAUUAACCUUUGGAGAAUCAACGAUGACCCAUGCCAUGGUCCUCACUGCCUUCACAGAGAAGGAUGGGCAAGAAGGAUCGUUUGAGAAAUGGAAGGUGGAGAACUCCUGGGGUGAAGACCGUGGUAUUAAAGGUUACCUGCUCAUGUCUGAUGACUGGUUUUCUGAGUAUGUAUAUGAAGUGGUGGUGGAUAAGAAGCAUGUGCCAGAAGACAUCUUAGCAGUGAUGCAGCAGGAACCCAUUGUCUUGCCGGCAUGGGACCCCAUGGGUGCAUUAGCCAAGUGAACUGCACAGUACUUGCCUCCUAAUGGUCAACCAGAAGUAGAUGUGAUAGAGAAUCCCAGAGACUGGAAGCCAUAGCCAAAUGAUAAGACCAAGCAUGCAGCAUUUACAAUCUUUAAAUGUAUGCUAGGGAUCUCUUUGGGAAAUAGCGCUUUACUGAAUGGCUGAAUAAAAAAAGCUGUCGGGCUACUCUGUGUGCGCGCACAAAAUUUACCCACCUCAUCAUGAUACUGUAGAAUUGCUUUCAAUGGCAGUUUGGAUUUUUAUCUUUUUAAUAAUGAACAUAACUCUGUCAAACUGUUUUGACCAGUGCUUGCCACAGGGGGGAGGGUUGUAGAUGGCCAAAUUUUAGGCUAAUUAGCUGAGUGAUAUUAAGAAAAGUACAGCAAAAUGUUUAUAAUUAGUCUUUCAUGUUUUUAUUUGUACUAUAAGUGUCCAGAUUCAGUAUUGGCUUCAUUUUGUUUCUAGAGAGCUAUUCACAUUUUUGGUUUUCUGCAUAAUAGGAGUUGGUCUUAAGGAGGUAGGUGUACAGAGAUGGUUCUAUUUUCUUCUAGUAAUUUUUCUGGAAUGGUUUCCUAUUCCAGCAGCAUUGAGCCUUUUACCAAAUGUACUUAGUCUGACUUGCUUCCUGCUCUUCCCUACCCAAGUAUGACAGACUGAUUCUGGUGUGUGUUAAUCUGUACUCACUGAAAAAUAACACUCCUGUAGGAUUAGCAAGGACAACCAUAAUAAAUAUGAUCCCAGGCAAAGUUAAAGAAUAUGGUGCUCUAGUAAAACUGGGUUUUUAAUUACUGCAUUUUAUUUGGACAUCUUCAACUAGAUGGUGCUAUGAAGCUUUUGAAUAAAAAAAACUUUCUGGA